AAAAAAAGAAAAAGUCACACAAUUCGAUUCUUGAUUCAUCCUUCUCCUCAGAAGUAGAAGACUCCUCAGAAGUAGAAGAAGAAGAAGAAGAAACCCCCAAACAGCAAAUCAAAAACCCAGAAGAGAAGAGAGAAGAAGAAAUGCAUUCGUUUGGGUACAGAGCCAAUGCUCUGCUGACCUUCGCUCUGACCAUUCUCGCUCUCAUGUGCGCCAUCGCCUCUUUCUCCGACAACCUCAAUCACCCUUCUCCGGCUGCCCAAGUCCAGGUUUUGAACAUCAAUUGGUUUCAGAAGCAACCAAAUGGGAACGACGAGGUCAGCAUGACUUUGAAUAUCUCAGCAGACUUGCAGUCACUUUUCACUUGGAACACAAAGCAGGUUUUUGUUUUCUUAGCUGCUGAAUAUGAAACCCCAAAGAACUCCUUGAAUCAGAUAUCCCUUUGGGAUGGUAUUAUACCCGCAAAGGAGAACGCAAAAUUCUGGAUUCACACCUCAAACAAGUACCGUUUCAUUGAUCAGGGAAGUAAUCUCCGCGGAAAAGAAUUCAACUUGACAUUGCACUGGCACGUGAUGCCCAAGACUGGGAAGAUGUUCGCCAACAAGGUAGUUAUGUCCGGAUAUCGCUUGCCGGAGGAAUAUAGAUGAGAAUGACGUGUAUUUUUGUUCCUGUAACUUUAGCGUUUCAGUACAUUGGGGAUACAUAAAUGGCCAUUUAAACUAGCAAGAGAACUAGAAACAGUAAAGGAUUUGAUUUUGACAUCGGAAAUGAAAAACUCUGUUGGAUUUUGAGUUUA